AUGCCUGUCCCUUCUGAAGACCCUCUCGAUGAGGUCCUCAAACCACCACCGGACGAGACUCCAGAGCAGCGUGAACUCCGUCUCGAAAGAGAGGCAGAGGCAAAGCGCGUCAGUCUCGCGAUCGAUGCUAACAUCAAGGCUGAGCGACAAGCCCUCAGAAAGAAACGCAUCGUCAGACUUUUAUUGCUCGGCCAAAGCGAGUCUGGUAAAUCCACAACGUUGAGACAAUUUCAACGGUUAUAUACGCCGACCGCAUUUCGCGAAGAACGAAUUCUGUGGCGUGCAGUCAUUCAACUCAACAUUGUUCGUUCAAUACGUAUCAUCCUCGAUGCCCUAUCUGGUCCGAUGCCCAAUUCACCAUAUUCAUCGCCACGAGCACGAAACCGUAGUCUCUCCAGAGGUAGGGCGCCACCACUUCCGUCCAACUAUUCACCGCCCUUCCCACCACAGUCACAUGCGCCAGACAACAUGGACCAGAUGGACUACCCCCGGCGCAAUGGUCAUGGUCAUGACAUGAACUUUUCAUAUGUCAAUCAUCCUCUCUAUCCCCCACGACAGCCCCAGAGACACCAGAUACCACCAACACAUCAUUACAACGACCCCGAUCUAGAUGAUGAUUUAGACGACUCCGACACAGAUUUCGCCGUCGGAAACAACUCGUAUCCCAGCUCUCCGCCCAACUUCAACGGCAGCCCACGAUCGCACCCAUCCGGUUCAUCGACCACCACGCUCGCCCAGAGCCCGUUGGAGGCCCUCAAAGCCCGGCUACUACCCUUGCGGCAUAUAGAAGCACUGCUCAUUGCAAAGCUCGUUCCCCCCAAUGAGGAAGAGGCGACACAUCUUGCAGGGCCGAGCCAUUACCAAAACGGACAACCUUCCCCAACCGACUCACAAUUCUCACAUCACACACUACACCAUAAUGGUCGACCGUAUAGACACCAAAGAAGCCAGUCGUAUCGGAAUCAGGAAAUCUUCGUGCGUCCCGGACCUGGCUGGAAAGGUGGUCUGGCACGAGCCAGAGUAAACUUCCCAGACUACUCGGACGCGUCGUCGCAGAGCAGUAGUAAUGGGCAGAGGCCCAUGAGUGCCGGGAACACUGGGCUGGAGUCGCCAGACGAGCCGCAGGAGGUGUUGCACUCGUGUAAAAGGGACAUGAUCCAAUUGUGGAACGAUGAAGCGGUUAGGGACGUGCUUCGGAGAAGGAAAAUUAGACUUGAAGAUGCUAGUGGGUUCUUCUUGGACGAUCUUGAGCGGGUUACAGCACUGCGGUACAUGCCUACCGACGACGAUGUUCUCAAGGCACGAUUAAAAACUGUUGGCGUAUCGGAAUACAAGUUUGAGAUGGAGAUCAGUGCGGGUAGGGAAAGUGGAACAGAGUGGAGAAUAGUCGAUGUCGGUGGGAGCCGUAGCCAAAGACCGACGUGGGCACCUUUCUUUGACGACGUGGAUGCUAUCAUCUUCCUGGCUCCUAUCUCCGGAUUCGACCAAGUCCUUGCCGAAGACAGGACUGUAAACCGCCUGGAAGAUUCUGUCUUGCUAUGGAAAGACGUCUGUUCUUCGAAAAUUCUGGCCAAUGUGGAUCUUGUUCUAUUUCUUAACAAGUGUGAUAUCUUGGAGAAGAAGCUAAAUUCAGGAAUCAAACUGGCGAAAUAUGUCCGGAGUUAUGGCGACCGGCCGAACGACUUGGACAGUGUUAGCAAAUACCUUCGUGGAAAGUUUAGCGCGAUCCAUCGAGAAUAUUCGCCGAACCCAAGGAAAUUUUAUGCGUUUUGCACAAGUGUGACUGAUACGGUGACCACCGCUGGAAUUAUUGCUAGUGUGCGCGAUAUGGUUAUACGACAGCAUCUAAAGCAAUCAAAGCUCUUAUAA